AAAAUGAAGCCAAUUAUUUUACUUACAUUAAACUUAAAUUUUGCAAAAGAAAUAAAUUGACCAAAAUAUCUUCAUCUAUCAAACAAAACAUUCUUUACAAAAAUCAUAACAUUUUUCAACAAAAAAGUGCUUUUAAUUUUAACAUCCCCGUCUUAAUGGGUGUGAUUCAUUUUCAAAAUUCAUCCAUUUUCUGCUCCAAUUUGCAGCAUCAAGUGAAUCGAAGGAAAUUUCUGACCAUGGCUUCAACCAUUCCUGUUGAACAAGUCAACAGUGGUCCGCUUCAGGUUACUGGUGACUCCUUUAUCAGACAACAUCUUAGGAAAUUGGCUCCUUAUCAACCCAUUUUGCCUUUUGAGGUUUUAUCUUCUCGUCUUGGACGGAAGCCGGAGGAUAUUGUCAAGUUAGAUGCUAAUGAGAAUCCUUACGGCCCUCCUCCAGAGGUAAUGGAAGCCCUAGGGUCAAUACGAUUCCCAUAUGUCUAUCCAGAUCCAGAGAGCCGUCGGUUGCGUGAAGCUCUCGCUCAAGAUUCAGGCCUUGAAUCUGAGUAUAUUCUUGUAGGAUGUGGUGCCGACGAGCUUAUUGAUUUGAUCAUGCGUUGUGUGCUUGAUCCUGGUGACAAGAUCGUCGACUGCCCUCCAACUUUCACAAUGUAUGAAUUUGAUGCCGCAGUUAACGGAGCACUCGUCAUCAAAGUUCCAAGGAAGCCAGACUUCAGCUUGAAUGUCGAACACAUAAUCGAGGUUGUUGAACAAGAGAAGCCCAAAUGCAUAUUUUUAACAUCUCCUAACAAUCCAGAUGGGAGUGUAAUUAAUGACGAUGAUCUCUUAAAGAUACUCGAGCUUCCCAUACUGGUGGUGCUGGAUGAAGCAUACAUCGAGUUUUCACAAAUUGAAUCAAAGAUGAGUUGGGUGAAGAAACAUGAGAAUCUCAUUAUUCUUCGAACAUUCAGCAAAAGAGCUGGUUUAGCUGGACUUCGUGUGGGAUAUGGAGCUUUUCCUUUGAGUUUAAUUAAGUAUCUUUGGAGAGCAAAGCAACCUUAUAAUGUAUCCGUUGCAGCCGAAGUUUCUGCAUGCGCAGCACUGGAAAAUCCUACCUAUCUAGAGAAUGUGAAAGAUGCUUUGGUGAAAGAAAGAGGGAGGCUUUUUGAGCUUUUGAAGGCAGUUCCAUUCCUUAGGCCAUUUCCAAGCCAUUCUAAUUUCAUUCUUUGUGAGGUUACAUCUGGAUUUGAUGCAAAGAAGUUAAAGGAUGAUCUUGCAGCAAUGGGCGUGAUGAUUCGUCAUUACAGCAGUAAAGAGCUGAAAGGCUACGUUCGAGUAUCGGUUGGGAAGCCUGAACACACGGACGCGCUUAUGAACGGCCUCAACAGACUAUUGUAGGAGAAAAAUUUCACUGUGAUCGAUCGAUCAUACAAAGAGAUUCUCUUACAUAACAUUCAAAACUAGAGGAAAAUGUAUUAUGAGAAGUUGAGCUAGUUUAUGUUAUGCAGACAAUAAUGAGUUCAUCUCAGAUAUACAACACCAACGAACGUAAUCUUAAGUUGUAACAUUUGUAUUAUGUAUUUUAAGGUGGUUGAUUCAGGCAUAA